GGCAUCUAAAGGACAUGAGGUGGACCUCCCAUCCACACUCAUUUGUCCAAUGAGACAAAAGGACCAUUCCUACUCCCUUAUCCCUCUCAUUUUCGACCAAGCCUCUCAAAGGAAGAGUAAAACCUCUGCAAAACUCCAUUCCUCCAUAGCCAAGUGAGAUCAAGAAGACAAAUUCCAAGUAGGAAGACUUAAGGAAGAAAAAGUGAUCGAGGAAAAAGCGUGGUGAUUAAGGGGCUUGACUAAAGUUUUUCUAGAGUUCGCCGGAGUUUCGCCGGAGUUCGCCGGAGCUUCGCCGGAGUUUCGCCGAUGUUCAACUAAGGGGAGUAGAAUCUUCUUAAAGCUCAUUUGAGAUCAUAGGUCGGUUGGAGUACCCAAGGAUCGGGCGGUAUCCUCAAAACUCGGUUAUAUAGGGUGGAGUACCCAAGGAUCAGGUUGGAGCUAGAGCCUACUGUCUACACCUUUGCACGGGUGGAAGGAAUCUAGAGGAUAUGUAUUUUGUAACUUGGGGUAAGGAAGUAUAAGUAUAUGUUUCACCCUAUGUUUGGGUCUUAUACUUGAAACGUUAGUUACUCUACAUUUAGCUUGAUACUCACGCCACAUGACUUUUAGUGAAGUAGUGGAGCAGGGCAUGCUUGGGGAGACCCAUUCGAAUGAGAGAAAGGAAAGGGACACCAAGGAGGCGAAAAAGAGGAAGUGGAUCAAUCCGGGGCAACCCGACCAUUCUCGGAAGAACAACCACGGCGAUGGUGGUUCAUUUAGACCACCGGCUCCGCCAGCAAAGAAGAGUAAAGAUGCAAGGUGGCACGGACCUAGGCCACAGAAUUCGGGGGCCCCUAGAUGUCCCAAUUGCACUAAGCAGCACUUUGGGAAGUGCAAUGAAGCAUCGAGGUGCUUUAAAUGCGGGAAUGCGGGCCAUAUGAAGGCCAAUUGCCCUCAAGUGAUGCAUGGCAAUGUGAUGGGAGUCGGAGGGGGAGCCAUGACGGGAAGGAACCGGGUAGGGGCGUCACACGGCGGCACGGGAAGAGGCGGCCCAUCAACAAGCAACGCCGCGUCCGUCAACCAAGGUGGGGCCCAAGCGAGGGUUUAUGCCAUGACCGAAGCAGAUGCGCGCGCUAACCCGGACUCCAUUGCAGUUUCAGGUAGAACUUGAAGUUGCUACCAUUGCCCGUUUCUUCGGGAGGCUCAAGGGAGAAAGACGUGGUUCGUGCUUCUUCCGUUCUGUUUUAAAAACAAUUAAGUUAAUGCUCAUGGAUACUAUUUUAUUAAUAAUUACUUUGGGGGCUUGUAUGCCUAGUUAUGCCAAGUGUGGCUUGAACAAUUGUAUUAAUGCUUCCGCUGUUUUAAAUGCAUGUUUUACAUUAUGUUCGUUUAUGGAUGUACUAUGAGUGAAUGAUAUUCAUGACGCCUUGUAUAGUAUGGAUGAGUUGAACUGCGGUUGACUAUUCGUACUGUACGGCGGGUUGUUGACGUGUCCGGCUAGGUCCGGGGUGUGACACUUCUUGCCUAUCAACAUCACUUAUCCUCUUGAACGAUUGGCCAAGUUGUACACGGAGGAGAUUGUGAGGCUGCAUGGAGUUCCAAUAUCCAUUGUAUCGGAUAGGGACCCACGAUUCACAUCCAGGUUUUGGCCAAAGUUUCAAGCGUCGUUGGGAACUAAACUGAAGUUUAGCACAACAUUUCACCCACAGACGGAUGGACAAUCCGAACGGGUGAUACAGAUUCUGGAAGACAUGCUGAGGGCAUGUGCUUUGGAGUUCCAAGGGAGUUGGGACAAACACUUGGCCCUUGUGGAGUUUGCCUAUAACAAUAGUUAUCAAGCGAGUAUUGGCAUGCCUCCAUACGAGGCGUUGUAUGGGAGGCAAUGCAGAACCCCUCUGUGUUGGGACGAGGUUGGCGAGGCCAAACUUGAAGGCAUAGAACUUGUCGAGAUCACCAAGGCCAAGGUGAAGAUUAUUCGAGAUAGGCUUAAAUCUUCCCAAGAUCGGC